GCGAAAAUAAUGGCUGUGUAUUUUGUCGCAGUCACAGUAGAAACGCAUGCUUUGUGACAGAGUGCCUUUCCGCCACGCGCCCCUCCGCUUAUGAUUCGCCUGUUUUCGCCCGUCGCGCGGGCGGCUGGAGCUGGAUGGGGUAGCAUAGGACCAGGUGGGCGGGCGCUACCUGGACUGGUGCAUCCGAACAACAGAAAGUGCUGCACAUCUCCAGCACCUAGUGCCGCGUGCGGAGUAUACAAAUCCGUAGAGCUCCAUCGCAUCUGGGCUUUCCGUUUCCACUGAAUUCUUUCUACUUUCUGUACUGGUAGAAUCGAGAACAUUUCGACACCACAGUUUUCAAAAGGGUGAGCUUUCGCUGGCUUCUAGGAUCUGCGGAGGUCAGCAGCGGCAUAAUGGCACCCCUUCUCCCCUUCCUCCUCCUCCUCCUCCUUCCUCGCACCACCGACGCUCGAGCCACAGCGGACGCGCUACUCCGAGUCGCACCCCUUCGCCCCGCGGCGCGGGCCCUUCAAGCGGCGGAUUGCACCGGCUUGUCGCAGCCCUGCCCGGGUGGCGACGGCUCGUGCGUCGAGCUCGCGCGACUGUGCGACGGCGCGCGCGACUGCCCAGACGGCAGCGACGAGGACGUCGACUUCUGCGCGAUGCCAGUGUCGCCGAACAUUGACGACGGGCCGCAGUGCGACCCCGAGCGGCAGCAGCAGACGUGCCCGGGCGGCGGCCAGUGCGUGAAAGAGGCGCGGAUGUGUGACGGGAAGCCGGAUUGUGGGGACGGCAGCGACGAGUGGCCCCGCUUCUGCAGACAGUUCUCUUGCGCGAACAUUGAGAAGGCCAGAUGCCCCUCACAGAUCGGCUGCAUGCCUCCCGGCGCCGAGUGCAACGGCGUGAAAGACUGCCUGGACGGCAGCGACGAGGACGCCGACUUCUGCGCGACGUUUUUUGCGCCGGACUAUGACUACGUCUCGGGGUGCCACCCCGAGCAGCAGCAGAUGAACUGCCCGGGCGGCGGCGGGCAGUGCGUGGGCGAGGCGAACGUGUGCGACGGGAAGCCGGAUUGCGCCGACGGCAGCGACGAGUCGCCCAGCUACUGCUACGACUACUACUGCGAUAACUUCGGGAGGGUGCAAUGCCCCUCUAAGAUGGGCUGCAUGCCGCCUGGUGGCGAAUGCGACGGCGUGAAGCACUGCGCGGACGGUAGCGACGAAGGGAGCCAAUGCCCCGGGUAUCAAGGCGGCUCAACUGACACGUCAGCAAACACCACAGCGCCCGGCGGAGGCGGUUCAACCGACACAUCAGGAAACAGCACUUCUCCAAGCGACGGCGGUUCGACAUCUGGAGGUGGCUCAACAUCUGGAGGCGGCUCGACAUCUGACAAUGGUUCAACAUUGGAUGGCGGCUCGACAUCUGGAGGUGGUUCACCACCUUUUUUGCUGAGCCCAGAGGAGGUGGCGAGGCAGAGGAGGGAAGCAGCAGCGAGACGGGCGGCUGCUGUUGCAGCUAAGAAGGUGGCUAUGGAGGCAAAAGCGGCGGCAAUUGCUGAGAAGAAGCGGAAGCAGGAAGCAAAGGCUGCUGCCAUUGCGGAAAAGAAGAGGCUGCAGGAGGCGAAGGCUGCUGCUAUUGCUGAGAAGAAGCGGAAACAGGAGGAGAAAGCUGCUGCGAUUGAAGCCAAGAAGAAGAGGCAGGCAGAAAAGGCGGCUGCGAUUGAAGCAAAGAAGAAGAAACAGGCUGAGAAGGCAGCUGCGAUAGAAGCUGAAAAGAGGAUUCAGGCUGCAAGGGCUAUGGGUGUGACCAAGUAGGAAGGAACAGCUCACACACGAAGCAACAUUGAAGAGCAACUUUCUCUUUGCUUCUUUAGUUGCAAGUUGCAACUGCACUGUUGGAAAUAUCUCGAGGACUUAAGCGUUUCUGAAGUGUAAAACACCACACUCGAGGAAGAUCGUAACGAAUACGCGAGUCAACGGAGGUUACACCAGGGGGUGGACAAAGAGCACGAAAGGACUCGAAGGAUCGCAACCGGAGGUUGCGACUGACCGUUACAACA